AUGAUGCACGCAGUCCUCCACGACCAAAAGACAGAGUCGAUUACCAUCUCAAAUGUAGCUCUACCAUUGCAAAAGGAAGACGAGUACCUCAUCAAAGUGUCGAGAGCCGCAUUCACCCUGGGUGAGCUCCAGUGGCCUAGGCCUCCAGAACUUGUCAUUUCGACACCAGGUGUUGAGUUCAUUGGACAGGUUGUUGCUCUACCACGCACCGUCUCCACGCCGAAGUUCGCAGUUGGUGCGAGAGUCUAUGCACGCGUAAAGUAUCCCAAUCCCGGGGCUGCUCGGGAGUACACCACCGCUAGCGAGGGCGAGAUGGCGCGCGCACCAGUGAACUUCACAGAUGAUCAAGCCGCAACGGUUCCUGUGAAUGCUUUAACCGCAUGGCAAUGGCUUGUUGAACAAGCGGGCCUGAGGGGCGCCAGCGGAGAACUCAAGUGUGACCUGACAAAAGAGUAUCGCAUGCUCAUCACUGGAGCUGGGGGAAGCGUUGGGGCCUGGGCUGUCCAACUUGCUGCGAUGACAGGUGCAACAGUCAUCGGCACCGCGACAGGUGAGGGCAUCGAUGUUGUCAAAAGCUUUGGUGCGGAUGAGGUGAUCGACUAUGCGAAAACCGAUCUCAAGACAUGGGUGACUGAAGAUGCCUCACGCAGAGUGGACAUCGCACUCAACUGUGUUGGCGCAAUGGCGGACGCUGUGUGGUAUACUGUUAAGAGUGGUGGCAUGCUGCGCACCAUUGUGGCUCCUGCAGACUUCUCAUUCGACCUCGUAGCGCCAGACGACAAUGAGAACGUAGAUGGGAAGUUCUUCAUCAUGUACCCUAAUGGACAACAGCUUGAAGAAAUCUCAAAACUCAUCGAAAGUGGAAAGCUCAAGGCUCAAGUAGAUCAAGUGUUUGACUUCGGAGACGCGGCAAAAGCCCUUGAGAGGUUGGCUAGCAGAAAAACCAAGGGCAAGGUGGUGUUGAGGGUUGGCAAGUAG